AUGACCGGCAAAUUCUGGUCUCCUGCAGAGGAGAAGUACUUCUGGAAGACUGUCGUCGCCCACUCUGUUAAACGUGCCCCUGUCGAUCUUUCCAACAACGAGAAAACGUGGGAAGAGCUUGCAGUCGACAUGCAGAAGGCAAUGGAGCACCAAGGCACCGCUCGCCGAUGGUACACUGGCUCUGUGUUGUUUGAGCAUUACUUCCAGAAUGUCGAGGGAGACAGAAGAUCUCCAAAUGCUACAGCAUACGUCGUUGACUACAUGAAAAAGCUCGGACCAUUCCGUCGCAUUAUCAAUCCUCGUUCCGGUCCUCGUGGUGGUCGCCCUCGCCGCAGGGGGGUGGCUAUGGCCGAGCCCCAGGAAAUCCAGGCACCGCCUCCGAGUCCAGACGGUUUCACGGUUACCCCCCUAGAAGAAGACGAUGUCUUCUCGCCGGAAUAUGCAGCACGUCAAGCUCUUCAGUCUCGUCAGUCUCGCCAGUCCAGCCAGUCUAGCCAAUCUCAAGAGUCCCGAUGUUCUAGUCGUCUUCCGAAACGUCGGCGCUUGCAGCCACUUGCCCCGGCUCCCCACCCUCCAUCAGUACAAGAGCCUUCAUUUGAUAUUGUCUCCAACAAUCUUCAUCAGCCCACUUGGAGUUACCAAAUGGACAGGCAAUCUGUUAAAGAAGAGUCUGUGCCUGAAUCAUCCUCAUCACGGUUUGAUGCCCUUCUCGCCGCUGCCCAGUUGAUGGAUACGGCAGACUAUUCGACUGGGGGUAACUCGGCGCAAGACCACUUUACAAUGCAACCAUCUUAUCCCUCACUGUCAUUCCAGCCCCAGGAUAUUUCUGGCUAUAGAAUGGAGAAUCAGACUGCUGAUAAUAUGUCGUCUUCCGAAUUCGCUUAUAGUGGUAUCGCUACCCAGGGCUUUAUCCAGAAUACCUCCAGCAUCACUCCAGCUUUCCAGGAAGAGUGUACAUUAGGAAAUUGGGCCGGGCGACCCUCUAUUCCGCGUUUAUCAUCCACCUCAUCCCUAUCUACUAUAUGCGGCCCUUCCGCUCACGAAUAUAUACCAACCGGUGAAACAACUGAAGAAGAACUGUCUACUGAAGACGAGGGAGAGAACAAAGAAAAUGAGGGUGGCACAAAUCAUGAGGAUAUUGAAAUGCCGGGCUUUAGGUUGACACGAGGCAACCCAAUUCAGCAAGACUUCAUCAUCUAUGAAGACGGCCGGAUUGUCCAGGGCUUGCAACUCCAUAGAGUUCACCAGGUAUAUGGAAACUUUGACACCUAUGAUGCUAACAAAGAGAAUGAAGGUAUUCAAGGAGCAUAUGAUGCGAGUAGCUUUGGCCUAGCGGGAGGUGCUGGUGGUGUCCCCAGUGGAGUCUUUGACACUACUGAGGGACUAUACUCCGGAUUUAUCCCUUCCUUUCCCAACUGGUAA